AUGAAAUUUACAAAAAGUAAGGAAGAAGAACCCACUGCUCCUGGGCAAGUGGCCAUUAGGAAGCGAUCUAAAGUCCCAGGGGUAAUGAUCACACAGUUUGUGCAGGAAAUCCCAGCAGGAAAAAGUCAUCCCGACUUCUCCCGCAAACCCAUCGCCUUGACUAUUCAGGAAGGAAAGCUUGCAGUUUUCAAAGCUAUCACCACAGGAGAUCCAACACCAACCGUGACUUGGGCUCGAAACAAUGGAGAUCUUUCUGAUCCCGAAAGAUAUGUUGUUUCAUUUGAUCCAGUCUUAGGAGAACAUCAAUUACAGAUGCCCAAUGUUGGAGUUGAUCAAGCAGACACAUACAAAUGUUAUGCAAGUAAUGAAUAUGGACGUGCUAUAGUCACAGUCACACUCAACGUGAUUGAAGUUGGGUUCAAGAAGAGCAAAGCAAUGCAGGAAGCACGAUUAGAGCAACGAGAGAAAGCAGCAGUCGAUUUAAAAAGGACCCUGAGGACCCGAUCCGAACAAAAGGAGAAGAAAGAUGGAGAAGUUGAUGAGAAAUUUUGGGAACUGUUGCUGAGCGCCGAUAAGAAAGAUUACGAGCGCAUCUGCACUGAAUACGGGGUGACUGACUUCCGCUGGAUGUUGAAGAAACUGAACGAGAAGAAAAAGGAAAUAGAGGAGCAGCAGUCGCAGUACAUUGAACACCUGAGCAACCUGAGACAUAUUGAAAUCAAGACGCCUGGAUGUGCCGAAUUUGAAUUUGAGAUGGAUCUCAAAGAUCCCAAUGCCAAAAUCUUCCUCUUCAAGGAUGGUGUUAUGGUUCCAUUUACCUUUGAUACAGCUGAGAAGCAUUCUCUGCGUCAAGUCGGCAGGAAAUUCAUCUUUAGCGUACAUGGUCUGAAUGCAGAAGAUGCUGGAUUGUAUCAAGUCGAUAUCGAGGGGGUCAAUGUCUUCUCCACUGACUUUAAAAUUCCAGUGGUAGACUUCUUGGUAAAGAUUCAGGAAGUGAAGGCUGUGGAAAGAGAGGAUGCCGUGUUUGAGUGCGUCUUAUCUGCUCCAUUCCCUAAGAUCUCUUGGCAAGGCAAGAGCGUCGCCCUGGAACAGGGUGAAAAGUAUGACAUCUGUGUCUCUGAGGACAUGCUAAUCCAUAGACUGGUGGUGAAGGACUGUAUGCAAGUGGACAAAGGCAUCUAUGCAGCUGUGGCUGGAAUGAAGUCUUGUAACGCCUGGCUGAUAGUGGAGGCUGACCCAGAUCCGAACCAGAGGGGCAAGAAGGGAGCACGCAAAACCACUCAAGCAGGAGGUGGAGGCGCAGACCUGAUCAGGAUCGCGGCAGAGCAGCAGGAGAAGCUGCAGAAGGAGCGUGAGGAGAGGAUGGAGCAGCUGAAACAGAUUCAGGCUGAAGAGGCCGCUGCUAAAGAAGAAGAGAAACCAGCAGAGGAAGGAACUGCUGCACCAGAACCGCCAAAACCAAAGGCUAAACCUAAACCCAAACCCAAGCCUAAACCAGAACCCAAGACAGACUCUGAAGGCGUGGCAGAAGAGCCAGAGGUGGAGGAACAACAACCAGAACCAGAGGAAGCUGCUGCUCCACCACCACCAGAGGAAGAGCCACCCAGUGAGGAGCCAAGGAAGAGAGUGAGAACUGGGCCUUUGGUCCCAGACACCAUUAUUGAUCCAGGAGUUCACUUCACCAGUGGACUGUCAGAUGGUCAUGCCAUCAUUGGUCAGUCAGCUGAAAUGGUGUGCAAACUCAGCAGUGAAAAGUGUGAUGGCAUUUGGUAUAAGGAUGGAAAAGAGAUAACAGCCACAGAUGAUCUAAAGAUCAUCAAAGAUGGAGCAGUCCAUAAAUUAAUUGUAUCAAACUGCACAGAGGACGACAGUGGAAAGUAUCGCUUUGAGGCUGAUGGACGUAAAACUGAGGCGAUGUUGGUCGUGGAAGACCCACCAAGGAUGAAUCAAGAUGACUUGGCUAAAUUCUCAGAGCCUGUGAUAAUCAAGGUUGGCCAAAAUGCAACUUUCAAAUUGGACUUUGUAGGUCGUGAGCCAAUGAAAGUGCAGUGGUACAAUGAGGGUGAAGAGAUGCUUGAGGAUAAUCACAUCAGGAUUGAGAAGUCAGAUAGUCACAGUCGCCUUCUACUUGUGAAAUGUCAACGCAAAGACAGUGGAGAAAUAAAGCUGAAGCUCAAAAAUGAGUUUGGAACCAUUGAGGCCCUUUCGAGACUCAUCGUUCUAGACAAACCCACCAACCCAAUGGGACCUGUUGAAGUAUUAGAAGCCUCAGCAUCUUGUGUGGAGUUCAAGUGGAGGUCCCCAAAGGACGAUGGUGGUUCUCCUAUAAAAUAUUACAAUAUUGAGCGCAACCAGAUUGGACGCAACACCUGGACGAAGAUUGGAAAUAUCCCUGGAGAACCCCAUUACAAAGAUACUGACGUGGACCAUGGAAGGAGGUACUGCUAUCGCAUCAGGGCCGUGACGGCAGAGGGCAUCAGUGAUGUUUUUGAGACAAAUGACAUCCAGGCUGGCACCAAAGCAUAUCCUGGACCACCAUCUACACCCAAAGUGGUCAGUGCCUUCAAGAACUGCAUCACUUUGGCAUGGUCACCACCCACCAACACCGGUGGAACCAAUAUUGUUGGAUACAAUAUGGAGAAACGCAAACGGGGCAGCAACAUAUGGGGUCAAGUGAACCCCCCUGAUGAGCCAAUCAAAGGCAAGCAGUAUGAUGUGAAAGAUGUUGUUGAAGGAAUGGAAUAUGAAUUCCGUGUGUCAGCCAUCAACUUCUCUGGUGCUGGAGAACCAAGCGCACCCUCUGAAUUUGUGAUAGCCAGAGAUCCAAAAAAACCCCCUGGUAAAGUCAUUGACCUGAAAGUCACAGAUUCCACCUAUACCUCUUUGUCUUUGAGUUGGACUAAACCGAAGGAGGAGGAAGGUGUCCAGGAUGAAGCUAAAGCUUAUUUUGUGGAAUUAAGGCCAGCUGAGAACACAGAAUGGGGUCGAUGCAACUCAAACCCACUCAUUACUACUUUCUAUACAAUUCUUGGCCUCAAGUCUAUGGCUAUGUACUGGGUCCGAGUGGUUGCAACCAAUGAAGGAGGUGAUGGGGAACCUCGAGAUCUGGACAACUACAUCAUUGCCAUGCCUCCACCUGUGAGGCCAAAUUUCACCAAUCGCAAAAUGAAGAGCUUCAUGGUCAUGAGAGCUGAAAAUUCAGCUCGGGUCAACAUAAACUUUGAGGCAUCCCCAAUGCCAACUAUAAUCUGGCUGAAAGACGGAAUGCCUGUGCCCAAACAUGUAACCGUGAGCAAUACUGAUGGGAUGUCCCAGCUCCUGAUUCCCAGUGCCGAGCGUUCUGACAGCGGGAUCUACACCAUCAUAGUCAAGAACAUAGUGGGUCAGGAGACGUUCAGUGUUGAGAUCAGAGUGACGGAUGAUCCAAAGCCACCUGGCCCAGUGGAGCUGGAAGAAAAUGUCCCUGGCACAUUGACAGUUUCUUGGGAACCAUCUCCUGAUGAGAAACGAGAUAAUCACUUGCACUAUAUGGUGAUGAAACGGGACUCCAUCAAAUGCACCUGGCAUACAGUCGCUGAACGCUUGUUCAACAACAACUUCACAGCAGUCAACAUCAUGCCAGGAAGGGAAUAUAAAUUCCGUGUGUAUGCCAAAAAUGACAUAGGCCUCUCAGAACCAUCUGAGUCCCUGACAUGGGGUGUUGUAAGGAAGAAAGAAAAGUUUAGCCUCAACUUAGCCCCAUCCAAACCUUGCAACUUUGACUCUGCUCCCAUUUUCACGGUUCCCCUGAAGACGCACACUACCCCGGAGAAAUACGAGUGCUACAUGAGCUGUGCGGUGAGAGGCGACCCCAUACCUCACGUCACCUGGUACCGCAACAACGUCAGCCUCAACACUAACACCAACUACUACAUCACUAACACCUGUGGCGUCUGUUCCAUGCUCAUCUUGAGAGUCGGUGCCAAAGACAACGGAGAAUACAAAGUAGUGGCAGAAAACGCUUUAGGCCGUGCUGAGUGCAGCACACAGCUGACAAUCUUAGAGUGA